AUGUUUCCGAAGGAUAAAACUGUUUCAAAGCAGUGGUUAAUAGCGAUUCGCAGGGACAACUAUACCCCUUCAAAACAUUCGCGUGUUUGUAAAAAACAUUUCAACCCUGACGAUUAUGCGUUACCUAAAGAACCAAAUACAGAAAAUCCUACUCCUAAACUAAAACCAAAAGCGGUGCCUAGUCGAUUUUCCUGGAACCAUGAAAGUGAAGAGACAAAGGAAAUUAAAAGAAAACAUGCAGAGAGAGCUCUUCAACGUCAAAUGAAACAACGUGAAACUGCAACACUAUGA